AUGCAAUCGGCGGGAAUUUUAUUUGAUUAACGUGACGUGACUGUUGUUUAACAAAUUAUCUUUUCCCGUGCAACGCGGCUUUUACUCGUGCCGGUGAUUAUCAGACUCGAACCGAUUAGAAAAAGAAAUAGAACGCGGCAAAGCUUCGAACUCUUCGAAGCGGCGACAGCGGCGUCUGCGUCUGCUGCAAUGGAAUCGGAGCGGAGUAAUGGAGUCUCGUCCGCGCACGUGUGGGUGCGCUCGUUCUAUUGAUGCGGUGCAAGUGAAACGCUGAAAGAAGAUGCACUCAGACGCACAGAGAUUGUCGAAUCCGUUCGAAAUCAUAGUAGGGACGUACGAGCAAUAUUUACUUGGCUACAAAGUGCACAACAUCGUAAAUGAAUACAAAAUAGAGAAAAGCUUUGCGACCCACAGCCAUGUCGCAAGCAUACGCACUGUCGCCAGUAGUAAAUAUCAUCUAGCGUCAGCUGGCGCAGAUGAAACGGUAUGUCUGUACGACAUGCGUUACAGACGGGAGUCCGGCAAAUUAAUGCAUCACAAAGAUACCGUCAAUUGCCUCGCUUUUACUCCAGAAGGCUCCCAUCUGUUCGCAUGUAGCAACGACGGUAGCAUAACCGCCGUACAUUGCGGCAAUUGGCAGCUGGAGAAGAUCUGGCCGACCGCGCACAAAGGCACCGCCGUCAACACUCUGGCCAUUCAUCCGACCGGAAAGCUAGCGCUGUCCUCCGGGGAGGACGGCGUGCUUAGGACGUGGAAUCUGAUCAAGGGCAGGCAGGCUUACGCCACUAACUUGGUACCGAGACUGAAGUCUAACGCCAAAUGGAUAACCGUUAUCAAAUGGAGUCCGAGCGGUGAAAAGUAUCUGUUGGCUGUCAACGAAAGUAUCUACAUUUAUUCUGUAGAAUCGGCCGGGAUAGAUAGGGAGCUCACGUUUGACUCGAAGGUCAUUUGCGUCGAGUUCCUGAAGGACGAUUUAAUCGCGGUCGGUUUCGAGAACGGGGACAUAAGAUUUUGUGACCUUAAAACCUCCCUGCAUACGAUGAACACGAAGGCGCACAGCAUGAGAGUGAAAUGUAUCGCGCAUAUGAACGAUCUGUUGGUCAGCGCCUCCAGCUCCGGAGAGAUCAAGCUUUGGCGAUAUAAUAAACACAGUUUGGAUAUGUUGCAAACCGUUAAUUGCGGCGCUAGAAUUACUUGCCUCUCUUUGGCACACACCUACAAAGAUUUAGUGCGGAAAGAAGUUGAAUCGAAGGAAAAAGAGGAAACGAAAAAGGAGAACAGGCUCAGACUGAAGCAGGAAGUUAUUAUUGAGAACGAAGAGGAUUUAGAAGUCGCAAGUAUUAGAAAUUCUAAAGAAAAAGCACAAGAAAAGAAAAAUGAAAAGAAGAGAGCUAUAGAAGAUACUGAAGACAGUGUCCAGCAUUCGAAAAAGAAAGCUCUAAAAGUAAAAAAGGCUAUUAUUUCAAAAAAGAAGAGAGACAGGUCGUCUGAGAUGGAAGAUAUCGUCGACAAACCUAAAAAGAAGAGACUCUUAAAAGCGAAUGAGACAAAUCCUUCUAAUAAAAAACGAAAAGAGAAUAGUGCUGCAUCACAGGUCACUUCGCCAGCGAAGAAGGUUAAAAAGUCGAAUAAAGUUGAAGAGCCACCUUUCCCUCGCAAGAAACACAAAGUAAAAUUACCAACGACGGAUGUCGAAGAUGCUCCACCUAGGAAGAUAAAGAAAAAAGUAAAUGCGGAAAAAGGAGUCGUGCCAAAAAAGAAAAAGAAGAAAAUAAUGGGAUAAAUUAGGAUUCAAUUGCGAGAGGAGUCUCUUUACAAAAAUUUAUCACUGCACCAACGCCUUCUUCUGUCACGAGAGAUUAAACCUGAACGAGAUAACAGUUUUUUAGGCGUCGUUACGUUUCAUACCGCUCGAAA